AUGCAGACGGUGGACUUUACAGCAUUAGAGAAUGCCAGCAACAUUCUCAAUGCCAGCUUUGCAAAAGACGCUCAGGCAAUCCCCGAUCUAGGCGACACCCUCACCGCUCCCGGGGGUCAGGCGUCGGCUUCUUACAGCGUAUUCCCUGAUGAUACUCGCGUUCCUUUUCAGAAACGGAAACUUGUUGGCAUACCAGAAGCAUUGUUUCAGUUUUAUAAUAGCACCAGUGUUAACUCGCACAUGGGUUUAAUGCCUGAAAUCGAGCGCGCGUGGAUCUCCAUUGACCAUAAACUAUUCUUAUGGGACUACGUUGAAGGGCAGGAAAUCAGCUCCUUUGUUGACCAACCCGAUAUCAUUACUCAUGUCGCACUUGUGAAGCCCAAACAAGGCUUGUUUAUCGACGAAAUCAACUCCAUUCUAGUCAUAUGCACACCCGUCUCGGUCCUCCUCAUUGCCCUCGCGGCAUCUGCCGUUCCAGGCUCAAAACGAAAGGAAAUCAAACUCUAUGCUACGGACUUCACUGUGGCGACUGAUGUUGAAAUGGCUUCUGUUGCUGGCACGGGGGAUGGUCGCAUUUUCAUGGCCGGGGCGCAAGACGGCAAUUUAUAUGAACUGCAUUACCAAGAAACAGAGUCGUGGUUUGGAAAACGCGUGCAACUAAUCAACCACUCAGUCGGUGGGGUUUCCAGCCUGCUUCCUCGAUUUGCCAUGUCCACCACGGACGAUCGUAUCAUCGCGAUUGUAUCCGACCUUUCAAGGAAUUGCUUCUACACUCUCAACGGCAAGAGUAAUAUCUCGAUUUAUCGACCCGACGGCGAAAAGUCUUUGCAGCACGUGCAAACCCUUACGAACAUAUCCAAGCUUGCGCAGGACAAGGCUCCUGGGUCACCCGCAAUCACACCAGCAACCUUUACGAUCGUUGGCUUGCACGUAGUCGAUCCAGCAGAAUCACGGUCAGGAAUUCAACUACUCGCAAUCACUAGUAAUGGCGUACGAUUAUACUUCUCUCCAUCUGGAGGCUACGGCUACUCUUAUGGCGGCACCUCUGCCCUGGGCUCCCGCCAGCUUUCCCUUGUUCAUGUUCGCCUGCCUCCUCCAAAUCUCAUCCAUCCUGAUGAGCAUACUCAACAAUAUCGGCCUACGCUCACGUCAUAUGGAGCGGCACAACCACAACCUACCUCUCGACCAUACUCGGUUUCUGCCUUAGAAAACUCGUGCUACGUGGACGGUCUUCUGGUUGCUGCCCAAGCAGGCGAUACGGACGGCACUGACUAUAUUCUUUGCAUGUCACCAGACCUCACACGGGUCGGCACUAUUGGUCAACUCAACAUCCAACAAGCGCCUGCUAUCCAUCAACCAAUGCACUACGGUAUCGCGCCUAUGUCAACAAGACCGCCCUUGACAGAGCAUGCCACCCUUCUCUCCAUACCCGGAAGGACUUGGGCCAUGGCUCCAGUCACUCGGCCCAUAACGCCGAGCCCUCCAUCUGGAACCCCAUUGCCCACCGUUAUCAAUGAGCUGGCUACUCAAUUCAGCUCACGUCCCCGUCAGUUCAUGAUCUUGACGAACGUUGGGUUGACUUUUCUCGUCAAAAGACGGGCAUUGGACUAUCUCAAAGCCGUCUUGGAAGAACUUCAAUCGGAAGGUAAUGCGCAGCCUAUAAUGGAAUUUAGAGAUAGUUUUGGGCGUGAUCAAACAUGUGCGAUCCUGCUGGGUCUGGCGAGUGGCAACACUUUCCUGGAUUCAAGUGACGAGCCAAACUCUAUUGGGACCAUCAGCCCAGACAUGGCGGCGGUUGCAAAGCAAGUUUUUUAUGACUUUGGUGAGCGACCGACAUGGACCGAGAGGGUAACCUAUGGGACAACGGAUAAUCACGGGACUGCAGCAUUCAGUGGUCGUCGAGAAGGUCUCGCGCUAUAUCUAGCUCGAUUGGUUUGGCCUUUAUGGAAAACGAAGCUAACUACCGUUGGGCCCUCAGGGAUCCACCGAUCCACCAUCGCUGACACGACCUUGGUGUCAAUCCAGAAAAAUGUCUUUGCUCUGAAGGAUUUUUUGGACAAGAAUCCCCAUCUCUUCCAGUCAUCACCUGCUGAUACUGGUAACGCGCGUGCUGCUGCCAGUGAACAAGAAGCGUGGAAGGCAGAACAAGCUUCGGUUUCGGAAUUGUUGACUCUUGCGACUAGGAUCAUCGAAGCGCUCUCCUUCGUUCUCCUUCUCAACGACUACAAAUUGGGAGAUCUUGUUGCCAAAUGCGACCCAGAGACGCAGAAGAUGAUUUCCACCCUGACGUAUCAGGACUUGAUAACCACACAAAACGGAAUGACUAUUUCGAGAGGCCUCGUCAAUGUCAUCAUUGACCAACAGAUUGGCCAGCAGAUUAGUGUCGACACCAUUAGUGAGGUGCUGCAACAUCGAUGUGGGUCGUUCUGUAGUACGGAUGAUGUCAUGUUGUACAAGGCCAAAGAAAACGUUCGCAAGGCGGCAGAAACGCGGAGUCCUCCUGAGCGUCAAAAAUGGCUAGCCGAAUCGUUACGCCUGUUCAUCAAGGGAGCGCGCAUCUUGGAGUUCGAAAAGCUGCGAGAAAUCUGUGGCGACUAUCAGCAAUUAAAUUACGCCAAGGGUGCUGUGGAACUCCCUUUAACGUGUGCCAGUGUCGUUGAUGCAGAUAAUAUCGGGCUUCAAUGUUGGGCUAACAAUCAACCCCCGAACGAACUCUGCGAGUAUCGUUCAAGGUGCUACGCGCUUGUGUUGGAUUCUUUGUCAGUGUUUGAGGAGCGGGCUAUGGCAGGUGGCUCCAAUGAUGACUCGGAAGUUGUUCGCAGCCAUGCCUACGAACUUGCAUUCGCUGUUGAGGAUGAGAUGUUCCACUCAACCUUAUAUGACUGGCUUAUAGGUCGUCAACUAGCGGAUGAGCUACUCGAAAUGCGACCACCGUACCUUGAAGCACAUCUUCGACGGGAGCCUGUGACCGUACAAAAUUUUGAAUUGCUUUGGCAAUUCUACGUCAAAAAUGGCCAGCCAUUACGAGCUGCUGAGGUUCUCGCAGCUUUGGCAGAAUCUACCCAAUUUGAUGUAUCGUUGGAUUCACGCAUCGAAUACCUUACUUUGGCUGUUGCAAACGCGAAAGCGCAUCCAAUUUCUAUGGGGGGUCAGCACGAAACCGCGAUCGCGUUCUUGACCGACCUCGAGGAGAAAUUAGAAGUGGCGCAGGUUCAAGUGGAGGCCUACAACACGCUUGCUCCGCAUAUCACCGACUCGGACGUUGUUGGCGAGAGAAUAAAAGUACUGAAAACGCGUCUAUUCACAAUAUCUGAGAUUUACCAGCAGUAUGCUGAACCAUUCGACCUUCUUCAACUCAAACUGGUCUGUCUCCACGUUUCAGAGCACCGCGAUGAUAAUAUCGUUCGCCCGAUAUGGAAUAAAAUCUUCCAAGAGAUCCUUGAAGUCGGAGAUGACCCUAUGGUCACUGCGGACGAGCUGUCGAGUAAAAUUAUACCUUUAGGGCAGCGCUUCUAUCCCUCAGAGAGCGCCUUCCCACUGCGGCACAUCGCUACGCUUUUGGUGCGUUUCUCGCUAGCAAAUGCUGGUGUACUGCCAUUGGGAUGGGCCCCACGAGCCUUAGUGCAGUGUCGGGUGCCCUACCCUGAGGUUUGGGAUGUCCUCGGAGAGAUGUAUGAAUCCCACGUGCCUCCAUUCAAUGACCAGAAGAAUGUACAAGCAGUCUCUUCUGAUAUUGCAGUGCUUCUGUUAGACUGGGUGGAAGACGCGAAACGACCACACUCUUCGUCAGGCCGCAGAGUGGACGAUUUCCCUGUUGGUCGGAUACACGCUCAGGUCGAACAAUACAUGGCAGAAUUGGAUCAAAGUCGGACAGAGACGAGAAAAACAUUCGAGCAUGUUAUUCGUGAGUUGAGGAGGCAUUGGUAG